CUCCCACCCCUUCCAGCCCUCUCCCUGCUCCCUCCCUCCUUCCCUCCCUCCUUCCCUCCCUCUCCCGCUGCCUCUCCGUGUUUGCGUUUGACAAAGAAAUGAUUUGAACUUCCCGGAGCCGCAGAAAAUCGGGAUCCCGAGGCGCACCCGGGCCCAUAUGGAUGUGAUUUCCCAUCUCUCUCCCAGAUGAUCCAGCGGCACCGGGAGCCGCGGCGCUGAGCGCCUCCGCUGCCUCUCCCCAUGGGCUCCGCGGCGGAAUUUUGGGAGCUGCCCUCCACUCCAGCCAUGAGAAAACGAGGAAAAAACCCGGGAUCUCUCGUCAUGUGCCUCUCUGGCUGAAAGCUGGGGAGCCAAAGGAAGAAAAUCCCGCGGAUCCGGGGGAACGCCGGGGAGGACGAGGAGAAACCCGCGCCGCUGGAAUUCCGAGCUCGCCUCCUCCCGCUUCCCUGCGCGAGGCUGGAUGCUGGAAGCAGCCCCUUGGAUAUGGGAUCAUAUCUGGUGUAUCCCAGCCUGGGUUUGAUCCUCUGCUGCUCCGUGCUCAGCUCCGUCUACGCGCUGGUGGAUGCCGACGAUGUCAUCACCAAGGAGGAGCAGAUCUUCCUCCUGCUGAAGGCCAAGGCCAAGUGCGAGCGCCACCUGAAAGCCAAGGUGCCCAAGGUGCACGAUGGCUUCUGCCUUCCAGAGUGGGACGGCAUCGUGUGCUGGCCCGAGGGCGUGCCCGGCAAGGUGGUGGCCAUGCCCUGCCCCGAGUACAUCUACGACUUCAACCACAAAGGCCACGCUUAUCGCCGGUGUGACCUGAACGGGAGCUGGGAGCUGGUCCCGGGCAACAACCGCACCUGGGCCAACUACAGCGAGUGCGCCAAGUUCCUCACCAACGAGACGAGGGAAAGGGAGGUCUUUGAUCGCCUCUAUUUGAUUUAUACUGUUGGAUACUCCAUCUCCCUGGGAUCCCUCACAGUUGCUGUCCUUAUCCUGGGAUACUUCAGACGUUUGCACUGCACUAGGAACUACAUCCACAUGCACCUGUUUGUGUCCUUCAUGCUGAGGGCUGUCAGCAUCUUCGUGAAGGACGCAGUCCUUUACUCCGGGUCAGCCCUGGAGGAGAUGGAGCGGAUCUCUGAGGAGGACUUGAAAUCCAUCACGGAAGCACCUCCAGCGGACAAAUCACAGUUUGUGGGCUGUAAAGUAGCUGUCACCUUCUUCCUCUACUUCCUGGCUACCAAUUACUACUGGAUCCUGGUGGAAGGGCUCUAUCUCCACAGCCUCAUCUUCAUGGCAUUUUUCUCAGAGAAGAAAUAUCUCUGGGGAUUCACAUUAUUUGGCUGGGGACUCCCUGCUGUGUUUGUCACAGUGUGGGCCAGCGUCAGAGCCACUCUGGCCGACACAGAGUGUUGGGACUUGAGUGCUGGCAAUUUAAAGUGGAUUAUUCAGGUGCCCAUCCUGGCAGCUAUCGUGGUAAAUUUUAUUCUCUUUAUCAAUAUUAUCAGAGUCCUCGCAACCAAGCUCCGAGAGACGAAUGCAGGGAGGUGCGACUCGAGACAACAGUACAGGAAGCUGCUGAAAUCUACCCUCGUCCUUAUGCCUCUGUUUGGCGUUCACUAUAUUGUUUUCAUGGCUAUGCCAUACACAGACGUGUCAGGGAUUCUUUGGCAAGUUCAAAUGCACUAUGAAAUGCUGUUCAACUCUUUCCAGGGAUUUUUUGUUGCCAUCAUAUACUGUUUUUGCAAUGGAGAGGUCCAAGCAGAAAUAAAGAAGUCAUGGAGCAGGUGGACUUUAGCACUUGACUUUAAAAGGAAAGCCCGGAGUGGGAGCACAACCUACAGUUAUGGACCAAUGGUUUCCCACACCAGCAUCACAAAUGUAGCCACCAGAGGGGCGCUUGCCCUGCACCUCAACACGAGACUUAUUCCAGGGACCCUCAACGGCCACCGGAAUUUGCCAGGUUAUGUGAAAAAUGGCUCCAUUUCAGAGAAUUCCAUGCCUUCCUCCGGCCCGGAGCAGUAUAACAAAGAUGAGGAGUACCUGAACGGCUCCGGGCUUUACGAUGGAGACAGACCCACGGUCCUUGUGGAAGAGGAGAGAGAGACAGUGAUGUAAAGACAGGAGGAGGGGAAAAAAAAAAAAUUCAGCCAAAGGAUGAAAAAAAGGUUCCUGGAGAGCAUUUAGUGGGAAAAGACCAUCAGGCCAUGCAGCGGAUUCCAAGGGUUUCCAUGCAGCUCCUCUGUUCCGUGGAAUGACAGAUUAAGUUAUUUGGGGGGAGGGGGGGAAAUAAGUGAGCCACUGACGUGGCCAGUGGGUGAUGCCAUCCGUGAAUUCCGUGAUCCAGGUUCUCCUGGUGAUAACAGAGCUCUCCAGACCUGCUGGACACCAGAGAUGCUGGGAGCUCACCAGGGAGGGCUGCAAAGCCCUGCGUGGUCCUUGGAUCCCUCGGAGAGUUGGGGUGGCCAAAGAGGACGGGAGCGUCCCCCGGGGAAGGCAGGAGGCGUGCAGGGAGGGUGCAGUGCCAUCGUCCUGGGAGGGGACAAGCCACCCUGGGAGGGGACAAGCCACCCUGGGAGGGGACAAGCCACCCUGGGUGUCCGUGGGUUGGGUUUGGUUUGUUCUCUGCCUGUGGAUCUGCCUGGUGACACACACAGAGUUGGGGAAGGCCCCACGAUCCGUCGGUCAUGUGGUCCAUGGUCUUCUUCCCUUGGGAAUUCUCGCUCCUUGGCAAAAUGUUCCUCUGGAACGGGGAGGGUUAACAACUCAUGGUUGCAGGAAGGGAUUGUCCUCUCCUUUCUCCAAGUCCUGGGAGCAAGGCAGGAGCCGGGACAAUUUUAGGGUUGGAUGUGGUUAUCGGAAUGUGCGGCAUUCCUGCUCUUCCAGAGGGGCAGGUGGAGAGGGAACCACCAAGGGCACGGAAUUGGCACAUCCCAGAGUGGCGAUUGUGGCUAAAAUCAGCUCCCAGGGUGGAGAACUCAGCCCUCCCUUUUUGUGGGUGCUCCUGGAAAGCGGCUUCCAUCCUUUCUUAAAUCUUGGGAUUGUUCCUUGCUCUGCCCUCUGAAUGUCCUGGUCCACAGGGUCAUGGAAUUCUGGGAUGGUUUGGGUUGGAAGAGACCUUAAAGGUCACCUCAUUCCACCCCCUGCCAUGGUAGGGACACCUCCCACUGUCCCAGGUUGCUCCAAGCCCUGUCCAGCCUGGCCGUUUCUCUGGACAGUUUCUCUGGACAAUUAAUCCGAACCCUAAUGAGGAGAAAAACUCCACCAGCAGCAACCAGCUGCUCUUCUGAGGGCUAAUUAAGGAUUCAUUUCCCCAGACUCUGAAGGAAGUCAGGAAGAGCAGGUGGGAUCCUGACUUUGUGUCCCACAUCUUUAUCAAUAUCUCAGAUUAGGGCCUGACCAAAGCCCGGCAGAAUCCAGGGAAAAAUCUCCUCCCUGUGACAUGUCCGAGGUUUGGAUUCAGACCUGGUGGGGGAUGUGAUGACUGUGAGGUUCUGACAGGAGCUGGAGCUCCUCUCCAUCUAUUGCAGGUCAAAGAAUUCCAGAAUCCCUGAGGUUGGAAAAGCCCUCUGAGGUCAUCAAGUCUGAGCUGUGCCCGAUGCCCACCAUAGCUCUGAGUGCCACAUCCAGGAAUUCCUUGGGCACCUCCAGGGAUGGGCACUCCAAACCUCCCUGGCAGCUCCUUCCAAGGCCUGACCACCUUUUCCAUGGAGAAAUUCCUCCUGGUGUCUAACCUGAACCUCCCUGGCACAGCCUGAGGCCGGUCAUUCUUGUCCUGAACAGAAAUCUUUGGCAGCCAAUAUUUAUUUGUGAUGUUCUUUUCUUCUUUAGCCUCAUCAAAAGAAGUCAAACUUCAUCGUAACCAUUUCCCACCAAAUAAGAGUGAUCAAAAUAUCAACUUUUCAAAACUUAAUCCAUUUUGCUGCUCUCUUCUUUUACCCCUCCUGAUUUUCUGUCUCAAAGACAUUUCUAAGUUAUCAUUUCACUGCUGGAACAAAGCAAAAAUACAAAAAACCCCAACCAGUGACUCACUCUUUGCUUGUGUUUAUUACUCCAUUUGACAAUCCCUCAGAAAUUCAAGGAAUCAGCAAAAGCCAUAAAUUUAUUCAUAAACAAACAUAUCCUCCCUCCUAAAACUCAGCUCUCACUGAAAUGAAAUCAACACUGGAUUAUUUAGGAUUAAAAUAAAAAUUACAGGCACUA